UGUGGCGGUCAGAGCGGUGUCUGGACAGCAAGCGUGAUCAUAUUGUCGAUCGGGAGCUGGAUAGGAAGGGUUGGGCCACGACCAGCCGAUGGCGAGACUGCACACCUGGCAUCGCCCAAGGAAAGGUUGGAGACGGUGCGACAGGUUCUUUCCGAGGUGCCUUUGAUCGACGGACACAAUGACCUGCCCUGGAACAUCAGAAACUUCGUUCACAACCAGCUGGCCGACUUCGAUUUCGAGAAGGAUCUACGGCAAGUCGCGCCCUGGAGCAAGAGCGCCUGGAGCCAAACGGAUUUGGUCAGGCUUCGCCAAGGCAUGGUCGGCGGUCAG